AUGCGCCGCCGCCACCUCCUCCUCCUCCCCCUCCCCCUUCCCCUUCUCUUACUCCACCUCCUCUUCGCCGCGUCGUCCAGUGCAGCAGGCGCGCCUUCAUCAGAGGUCGCCUUCCUGACGGCCUGGCUCAACACCACGGCCGCGCGGCCGCCGGACUGGUCGCCGGCCGCCUUGUCCCCGUGCAACUGGUCGCACGUCUCCUGCGCCGGCGGGACCGUCACGUCCGUGUCGUUCCAGUCCGUGCACCUCGCGGGCGCCACACUCCCUGCCUCAGGCCUCUGCACCGCGCUGCCGGGGCUCGUGUCCUUCGUCGUCUCCGAUGCCAACCUCACCGGCGGCGUCCCCGACGACCUGUGGCGGUGCCGCCGCCUCGCCGUGUUCGAUCUCAGCGGCAACGCGCUCACGGGCCCCAUCCCGCCGUCGCUCGGGAACGCCACGGCGCUCGAGACGCUCGCGCUCAACUCCAACCAGCUCUCCGGGCCCAUCCCGCCGGAGCUGGCCGCUCUCGCGCCGACGCUCCGGAACCUGCUCCUCUUCGACAACCGCCUCUCCGGCGAGCUCCCGCCGUCGCUCGGCGACCUGCGCCUGCUCGAGUCGCUGCGCGCGGGCGGGAACCAUGACCUGGCGGGGAUGAUACCGGACUCGUUCUCCAGGCUGUCCAGCCUCGUCGUGCUCGGCCUCGCCGACACCAAGAUCUCCGGCCCGCUCCCGGCGUCGCUGGGCCAGCUCCAGAGCCUCCAGACGCUGUCCAUCUACACCACGGCGCUCUCCGGCGCCAUCCCGCCGGAGCUGGGGAACUGCUCCAACCUCACCAACAUCUACCUCUACGAGAACUCGCUGUCCGGCCCGCUCCCCCCGUCGCUCGGCGCGCUGCCGCAGCUGCAGAAGCUGCUGCUGUGGCAGAACGCGCUCACGGGCCCCAUCCCGGACUCCUUCGGCAACCUCACCUCGCUCGUCUCGCUCGACCUCUCCAUCAACUCCAUCUCCAGCACCAUCCCGCCGUCGCUGGGCCGGCUCACGGCGCUGCAGGACCUCAUGCUCAGCGACAACAACAUCACCGGCACCAUCCCGCCGGAGCUCGCCAACGCCACGUCGUUGGUUCAGCUGCAGGUCGACACCAACGAGAUCUCCGGCCUCAUCCCGCCCGAGCUCGGCCGGCUGACGGCGCUGCAGGUGCUCUUCGCGUGGCAGAACCAACUGGAGGGCGCCAUCCCGCCCACGCUCGCGUCCCUGUCCAACCUCCAGGCGCUCGACCUCUCGCACAACCACCUCACCGGCGUCAUACCGCCGGGCCUCUUCCUGCUCCGCAACCUCACCAAGCUGCUGCUCCUGUCCAACGACCUCUCCGGCCCGCUGCCGCCGGAGAUCGGCAAGGCCGCCAGCCUCGUGCGCCUGCGCCUCGGCAGCAACCGCAUUGCCGGGUCAAUCCCGGCUUCCGUGUCCGGCAUGAAGAGCAUCAACUUCCUCGACCUCGGGAGCAACCGGCUGGCCGGGCCGGUGCCGGCCGAGCUGGGAAACUGCUCGCAGCUCCAGAUGCUUGACCUCAGCAACAACUCGCUCACCGGGCCGCUGCCGGAGUCGCUCGCCGCGGUGCACAGCCUGCAGGAGCUCGACGUCUCGCACAACAGGCUGAACGGCGCCGUGCCAGACGCGCUCGGCAGGCUGGAGACGCUGAGCAGGCUCGUGCUCAGCGGCAACUCGCUGUCGGGGCCUAUACCGCCGGCGCUCGGGCAGUGCCGCAACCUGGAGCUCCUCGACCUGAGUGACAACGAGCUCACCGGAAACAUCCCCGACAAGCUCUGCAGCAUCGACUGGCUCGACAUCGCGCUGAACUUGAGCCGGAAUGGCCUCACCGGGCCGAUCCCAUCCAAGAUCUCCGCGCUGAGCAAGCUCUCGGUGCUCGACCUCUCGUAUAACACGCUCGACGGCAGCCUCGCGCCGCUCGCCGGGCUCAACAACCUUGUCACGCUCAACGUGUCCAACAACAACUUCUCCGGGUACCUCCCGGACACGAAGCUAUUCCGGCAGCUCUCGACGUCCUGCCUCGCCGACAACGCUGGGCUCUGCACCAAAGGCGGGGACGUAUGCUUCGUGAGCAUCGACGCCAACGGUCACCCAGUGACGAACACGGCCGAAGACGCCCAGCGCGUGCACCGCCUCAAGCUCGCCAUCGCGCUGCUGGUAACCGCGACGGUGGCGAUGGUCCUCGGCAUGAUCGGCAUACUUCGAGCGCGGCGGAUGGGCUUUGGAGGGAAGAAUGGCAGUGGCGGCGGUGGCAGCGACUCCGAGAGCGGCGGCGAGCUGUCGUGGCCAUGGCAGUUCACGCCGUUCCAGAAGGUGAGCUUCUCCGUCGACCAGGUGGUGAGGAGCCUGGUGGACGGCAACAUCAUCGGCAAGGGCUGCUCCGGCAUGGUGUACCGCGUGAGCAUCGACACCGGUGAGGUGAUCGCCGUGAAGAAGUUGUGGCCCAGCACCCACACGGCCGCAACGGCGACAUGCAAGACGGGCGACGGCACGAGCGGUCGCGUCUGGGACUCGUUCUCGGCGAAGGUUCGCACGCUGGGCUCCAUCCGGCACAAGAACAUCCCUGGGCGGCGCUCCACGAGCGGCGCGGCGCCGGCGCGCAGCUGGAGUGGGACGUGCGCUACCGCAUCGUGCUCGGCGCCGCGCAGGGGGAUCGCGUACCUGCACCACGACUGCGUGCCGCCCAUCGUGCACCGUGACAUCAAGGCCAACAACAUCCUCAUCGGCCUCGACUUCGAAGCCUACAUCGCUGACUUCGGCCUCGCCAAGCUCGUCGAGGACGGCGACUUUGGCCGGUCCUCCAACACCGUCGCCGGCUCCUAUGGCUACAUUGCGCCUGAGUAUGGGUACAUGAUGAAGAUCACGGAGAAGAGCGACGUGUACAGCUACGGCGUGGUGGUGCUGGAGGUGCUGACGGGGAAGCAGCCGAUCGACCCGACGAUCCCGGACGGGCUGCACGUGGUGGACUGGGUGCGGCGGUGCAGGGACCGCGCCAACGUGCUGGACCCGGCGCUCAGGGGACGGUCGAGCUCGGAGGUGGAGGAGAUGAUGCAGGUGAUGGGCGUGGCGCUGCUGUGCGUGAGCGCGGCGCCCGACGACCGGCCGACGAUGAAGGACGUGGCGGCCAUGCUCAAGGAGAUCCGGCUCGAGCGCGAGGACGUGGCCAACGUGGACGUCCUCCUCAAGGGAGGCUCGUCGCCUCCUCCGCAUCAUGUUCAUGCCAACGCGGCGGCGGCGACAGCUGCCAAGGACACGUCGUCGUCGACGUCCAGCACGCCGUCGUGCCGGCAGGGUCCCAGCAACAGCCACAGCUGCAGCAGUAGCAGCUUCUCUGCCAUCUACUCCUCGUCCAACAAGGCCAAGUCGCCCUUUGGCUGA